CAAUACACACACACGAGGUUUGUCCUCGACUCCUCGCUCUACUCAUCACCACCACACGACGCUUUGUCCCUCGUUCCCACCGGUCCUCCGUUCAUCAUUCGUUUGUUUUGUUCAACACUGAACCACUCCGCACUCUGUACACUGCUUUUCUACGACCGACACUCAUCGUCACACAUUCCAGUAUAAUAUAAUUUCUCACCACUUGCGCACGCAUUCCAUUCUUACAGGUGUUCUUUGGCCGAGAAAUACACGUAUAGACUUCAGUCCGCUACUAAACGAUACCAUUACCAUGGCGUUCAAAGGAUUGUCUCUACUAGUGACCUUUUUCGCGUUCUACAACUGUACCGUGAUGGGUGCGACUGAUUGUACUUUGCCAUGGUUAGUGGAUAAAAACCCAUUCAUAUCCAAGGUUGAAUCUCUUUCUAUUAACAGAUGUCCUUUACCUUUAAUUGGCGAUCAAAAUAAAGAAUACUGCUGUUAUAAUACUAAUGGAGAGGUUGAAUGUUGCGAUUUCCAAGAAUUUUUGGUUUUUGGAUUGAUUUGUCUUAUUCCUAUUCUUAUUAUUCUGUUGAUUAUCUCAUCUAUACUCAGCUGCAUCUGCUGUUUAUGUUGUCCAUGUUGCGCUAUUUACAAACGUAGGCAAGCUGGCAGGGUACUAAUUCAAUCACCUCCAGCCACUUGUGUCAUUAUAGAAGCUAAUCCAAACACAAUAUCCAGUUAUCAACCUUAUCAUGCUUCAGCUUCAUCUGAUUCUUCGCCUUUGAUAUCAAAUAAGUACCCAUAAUAAAUAUUUUAAUUUAAA